CCUGGCUUCCCCAUGUAGGGCGUUGGCUGGCAGUGAUGGGUUCUCAAGUAUGAGGCAGGAUGCAGUGAGGGUGCUGCAAAGGGCACCAGAUGCCAGAGGACUCGAGAAUGGACACCAGCACCAGGGGCAUGGAGAACCAACUCAGGAGCCCCAACCAGAAGGUGGAAAAUAAGCAUGAGGAGAAGGUCCAGGAUCCUGACAGAGAGAAGGACCAGCCUAAGGCAGACAUGGGAAGCAAAACCUGGGCAGACCUGGCUGGGGAGAUGAAGAUAUUCCUGUGGAACCCAGAGGAGAGAACAUGCCUGGGGAGAACAGCCAAGAGCUGGGGCUUGAUCUUACUGUUUUACUUCAUUUUCUACACGUGCCUGGCGGGAAUGUUUGCCUUUUGCCUGUACGUGAUGCUACUCACGCUGAGCCCCUACACGCCCAGGUUCCGGGACCGUGUGUCUCCGCCAGGAGUGAUGAUCAGACCGCACUUGAAUGGGUUCACCAUUGCCUUCAAUGUCUCCCAGCCCAACACGUGGCAGCCCUACGUGGACAACAUGCACCACUUCCUAGCAGCUUAUGAUGACAAAGUUCAGGAGGAGAAGAAUAUUGAGUGUGUCCCGGGACAGUACUUCAUCCAAGGGGGAAAUGACAGUGAGGAGAAGAAGGCCUGCCAGUUCAAGCGCUCGCUGCUGCAGAACUGCUCUGGCAUCGAGGACCCAACAUUUGGCUACUCUAAAGGCCAGCCCUGCAUCUUGCUGAAGAUGAACCGGAUCAUAGGCUACCGCCCUGGUGCUGGGGUCCCCGUGAGUGUGGACUGCAAAGUGCAGAAAGGCAACGAGAGUCACCUCAGGUCAGUGGACUUCUACCCUGGGAACGGGACGUUUGACCUCAUGUAUUAUCCCUACUACGGCAAGUUCACCCAUGUCAACUACACCUCCCCACUGGUGGCUAUGCACUUUAUAGAUGUGCAGAAGAAUUACUUGGUCCCCAUUCAGUGCAGUCUGAAUGGGGAAGGAAUUAUCAACGACCUGAACAGUGACCGCUUCCUGGGCCGAAUCAUCUUCACACUCAGCAUUGGGAAGUAGCUCCUGCCAACAGCGGGCACUUAGGUUAAGUCAAUCAGAGGCUUUUUCCUUUUUAAAGCAUCAAGCCAGCGUUUUUUUAUGCUAGGAAAAACAGGCACAUGGAGAUUAUUGUUAAUUUAUUUUUGUUCAUAGUUAGGAAACCAAUGAGAUACAAUGGCGUGUGGGUCCACAUUAUUAAUCUUCUGAUGUAAACAUUAUUAGUAAAAAUUAAAAAGUUUUCCCCUGGGGAGAGACCCUGCAGAAGAUUUCAUUUUUGAUUGAAACCUCUGGUAUCCAAAUGCUAUUUUCAUAAGGUCUUUUAUGAGUGAUCCCUGUGGAAUGCAUCUUUCCUGGCUUUAAAUUUUAAUUUUUAGCAUAGUUUUAUGUGCAUUUCUCAGGCAAAAGCUAAAAAGGAGGUAGUUUAUUAGCACUAUUCUUGUUAAAAUAAUAAACAGCAAAAAUUCUGGAUUA